AAAAAGUUUUAUAAACUGCUCUCAUCGUAAGUGUAGAGUGUCCUAAAAAAUCUUCUGGACAAAAGUGGUGUUUUGACAGAUAACCUAAAAGAACCGUGAUUAUAUCAGCGUUGUAAAUAAUAGGAUAAAAGAGACUUUUCACACAGUGUAUAUUAAAUUAAAUAUUCAAUCAUGCAGCUGUUGAUACAAGCUAGUCCGUUGAUAGAUAAAUUAAAACAUUGGCACCGAGCUAUAUCUUUUAAUGAGGUCCAGUUAACAACUUCUCAGAAGGUUGUACUAUGGAGCUUAGGAGUUGUAGGUACAAGUGCAGUAGUAGUUGGUGUGCUGUCAAGGUAUUUAGCCAGGCGACGAGCCAAACCCAUAAUUAAUCCCCGGAUCCAAAGGGCUAUUAAUAAGAGAAUCUCCCGAAUGAGAAGUCCUAACGGAGGAAUGGGAUCAGUAGCUAGCAGUGGUGGCCGUAGCAGCCCUUUGGGCUUUAGUGAACGGUUGUCCCUCGCAUCAGGAUCCAUCGGUUCAGGAGCUGGAGACGCUGCGCCGUUAUCACCUCAGCAACUUGGAGUUAUGGGUAUGGAAGCGUUAGAAACAAGUAUAAACUACUGGGAGGACGCGCUGGCCGCGUUUUCGUUGGGGGCGCGAGGUGGAGUUUCAGGCACAUUGGCUCUCACGUCGCCAGAAGAGGCAGAGUUCUGCAGGGAAAUACAGGACCUACUUCAAGACGCCUAUCUUUUACAGGAGAGGUGCGAGCUGUUGUUCCUAGACCAGCGAUCAGUGUUAUUUAGGUCGGAGAGUGGCGGCGGCGCGGGCCCGGCCGAGGAAGUGACGCCGGCACGUCGCUCGCGACUUCUCUCCACACAAACAGCCUCCUCACACACGCGUAGAGAACAUCACUCUAGCGCCGAAUCCUUCGCCUCCGCAGAAGACCAGGUUGCUGACCUACGAGACUUUGAUGAUUUAACAGAGGCAUUACCAGAAUUAGAAAACUUGGAAUUAUAUCAGGCAGCUGUAAAACAGUUAGAAGUCGGUAUUCCUUACAGGACGCUGCGCACCGAGGUGGUGCAGUGCAGUACAGACUCGGAGUUCCUGUGCAAGCUGCACUGCCUGCGCCAGGCCUUUACGCAAGUGUUCAAGGACGCCGCCAUCUGGGCCUGGUUCGUCGACGCCGGCAGACAAGUGCUCACUGAUCUACUUCUCUUCGCUGACAAGGAACCCAAGGAAUUCCUGGUGGCUUAUGAAGAAAUGGUGUCUUGGGCGACAGAUGCAGCAAAUUGGACAACAAUAGAAACUGAACUUACGACUAAAGGUGUUAAGGCCCUAACAUUCUACGACGUGGUGUUGGACUACAUACUAUUAGAUGCCUUUGAAGAUCUCGCGUCGCCACCUUCCUCAGUCCUUGCUGUCGUUCGCAAUCGAUGGUUGUCAGACGGAUUCAAAGAAAGUGCAUUGACAACGGCGGUGUGGUCAGUUAUUAAGGCGAAGCGGCGCUACCUCCAGUUCCCCGACGGCUUCAUGGCACAUUUUUAUUCUAUAUCCGAGCAUUUGCUGCCAGUCCUCGUCUGGGGAUUCCUGGGCCCUAACGAACGCCUUCGUGACGUAUGCGAGUCCUUUCAGUCAGAAAUUGUAGGUUUUAUAUCAGACCUAUUUAACUUCCAGAAAUGUCGCUACACUAACGUAGAUGAUCUAUCUGCUGACAUAAUGCAACACGCAAGAUUACGUUCUGCUAAUAUUACUGAUAAAUUAGCUGAAAGAAUUUAAAUCAUACCGCGCUAUCGCUGGGCCUAGUCUUUCCAGUUAGUAAUGCGCAUUUAAUAAGUAUUUACCGUUUUACCUCGAUAUUUAAUGCGAUUUAUUCUUUAUAAUAUUUCUCUUCGCAAUUUAAAUGUUUAAGAAAAAUGUCUGGGGUAUAAUAUUAAUGUAAGAGAAGCUAGUAAGUUAUUCGUGAAGAAAUGCGUAUAGCAUAAACCAAGGCCUAAGUUUUGGUUGAUAUUAACAAACACUAAUUAAGUAGAAGCCAGCUAGACACGCUACUUUUAGUAUCGCGUCAAUAACCUUUGGAAAUGCAAUAACUAAUCAUCAGGCGACGCUGGACAGCGGUCUCUGCCUGAAAUUAGGAAUUAGGUAGGUAGGUACAUGGAAUAUAACAUUCCUAGGGUCAUUUGGUUUUAUUAUAUCGUAAUAUGGCACAACGUUUAUUAGAGCUCAAAUCGUAUAGAUUUUUACAUCCUUGUAUUAGUCUUAAGAAUAAAGUGUUCACCAAUCUGCCACUAUCCUAACUGCCAAAUUACGGCAU